AUGUCGCUACAAGGAUUGAAGCUGUCCAAAAUGUUGCACAUGAUUGUGGACCAAGUAGAAUUCUUGGUGAACUUCGACGUCGGAGAGAUUGAAGGGGAAAAAGAAAAAUCGCAAUUCAAGCGGAUGGUUCAAACACAUAAGCGGGUGGGCAUUACCAGAGAAAUGCUUAUUUGCGGCGGACAGGAGCAGUAUCGUUUUGAGUUCUGCUUGGUGCGAGGUGCUCGUUCGUAUUAG